AUGAUCCCAACAUGGAAGCGACUCUACAGGCAUGUUAACAAACUUCUAGGACGUUCCACUCAUUCCAAAGGGGUGUCCCAUUUCACAAGAGAGCAGAGCGAGCUUCUCCAGCUGUUGUGUUAUGUACAGAGAAAGCUGCACCUCCAUGGCUAUAGUGUUCCUCUCCACCUCCACAGUAAAUGGACUCGGCUCUCCAAUACAGCAUAUCUGAAAGGAUGUGAGUGCUACAUCAAGAAUCUUCCAACCAAAGCAGUUCGUUUGUGGCACUUGGCCAUUGCUGACCCCCUACCCCACCAGUCCUGCAAGAAACACCCAUCCCGACGGUUAUUCCAAGAGGAUGCUUCUACCUCCGGGACCCACCUACGUUCUGAAUCCUCCAGUCUUCCAGGAGAUGUACCUGCCCAGGGUGAGGCCACAGCUUCAGGCGAUGCAGAGGAUGAGGAAGCAUCUCUUCGGGAUCAGAUCGUUGAAGCGUCCCUGCUUGCAAUACUUUAUACACACCUGGUCGAAGGUGAACUCCAGAGGGCGCUUGAGCUUGCGGACUUGCUCAUCACGUGUCAGAACGUAGGGAAUGUGACGGCCCCUGAAAGGAAAGGGAGGAGACUCCCUGACCUACCACGUAAAGAUAUGCAGAAACUGCCACCUGCAUCUCCCAUUUCAACUCCAAUCUAUGUGCCUUACUUAGCCAACUCUUGCCAACAGAGGGCAGUGCAGAGCCUUGCUCGUUUUAUGGCCCUUUACUUCACCAAUCGGCCACUCUAUGUCUUCCCACCAUGCUCAGCGAGCCCUCUUCCUUCACUUCAUAUCCAGGCAAAGACAGGAAUUACUGAAAGGCAAAUCCAGAUAACCCAUGAGUCUAUCACCUCCAGUGUCCGGCAGCAGGAGCUCUCGGACAAGUGGACAGUCAACAUGACAUUGAACCUGUUGCUGGUGUCUGGGCUGGUACCCGAGGCUGUCUGGCUUGCUCACGAGCUAGGGGACUGGAAGAGUGCCUUUGCGUUGUCAGCAAUUUAUUCAACACAGAUUCAAAGCCAGCUUGGAACAAAACCUCCAAGCAUGCUUGAUGAAUCCCUCAUUCUACCACCGAACCUAUCUCCCACCAAUCUCCUAAGGGAAGGGCUCAACUCCGUCCUCCAGACCCCUAUCCUGGACCCCCAGGCAUCCCCUACUCCAGGGAAGAAGGUCCAGAGAGCCGGAUCCUUCUCAGGGAGCCAGAGACGAGGAUCCUAUGGCUCCCUUCUAGACUUGCCGGCGAUGCCGAUGAGGAAGAGCUCAUCAGUGUGUUCUUUGGUAGAGGAGGACAAGCUGGCCCAGGUUCAGUUGAGCCAGACCUUGACUGACAUCCUGACAGCAGCCACCUUGAGCAGGCAGGACCCAAGCCACUGGCUCCUUGAGAGUAUGAUGGAAGAGUGCCUCGCCCUGGCCAAAGGCUUCACUUCGUUGGUCCCAGAAGAAUUCUACCUUCCAGCCCCACCGUACUACUGCCCACAACCUGAUUACAUUCCAAAUGACUCUGAUCCUCCAGAAGUUCUUGAAGAGGAUGACAGGAGACGUGAGAUCAACGACCUGGUGCAGCUGAUCCUACUGGUCCUCAAUGCCUCUCACUGCAGUCUGCCGUGUGCCAGAUGGUAUGUGGAGCAGUUGAGAGAGGUGCAGGAGAAGGAGAAAGCAUGGAAGCCCAAAGAAUCUUCAGUAGAGCUACCAGCUCAGCUUCAGGCCCACCUGUCCUACCCAGUGGACAUUCUCUCCGGUAUGGAUGAUCCUAACAACAACCUUGACAGCAACACCAAGGGAUCGGUCUUGAAGUGCUUCAGGGAUCUAUGCUGUCUCCUUUGGAUGCUGUAUGUGAGAGACAAGCUAUCUUUAGCUGUCCGCAAGUAUCAGACAAGCAAGGAGAGAUCCACUCAUGUUCAGCAAACUGCUGAUCUGAAGGAACAUGAGAAGACAGAGAAAUUACUGAAACCUGUCCUAGACUGGGCGGAGUGCCUCUACCCAUUCUCAAGAUUUCUUCAGCUGGAGAAUGAAGUCAAUGACAUCCUCAUGACAGCAAUUGCUGAGCUCCCUCUCACUAAAGAGACAGUGUCAAUACUAGGCAGGCACUUCUAUGACACACGCGAUCUCCCACCUUUCCUGGAGGAAAAAUUUGGACGGCUGAAGGAGAAGCUGAGGCGUAAGAAGGUCCCUGCGGAUCAGAAGCAUAAGAAAAAGAAAGACAGCAAGGAAGUCCCUCAAGGUGAAACUACUUCUUUAGUCUUUGAGACAUUGAUGGCUCACUACAAGAAGCAGAGCAAAAAGAGGAUGCUGGAGCGGAACAUCCGUAAAUCUUCCUUCAGGAGUUUGGAUGACAGUGUCUUUGAGGCUAAUGAAGACACGGCACCAAGAAACCGUAUUAUGUCCAAAGCAGAAGAUGAUUCUGUAUUUGAUACGACAACAGAGAGUAAUGGUGCCACUCCUCAGAAGAAUAAUGGAAGCCGUCUGAAUUCUGAGGAAGUGAGGCAGUUCCAAGUCGGUUCCAGGGAGUUUGAAGGUAGUUCUGCCUACCUUCACUUUCUGGAGACUUUCUAUUUGGUGACGUUCGGAAAGCAAGUUCAAGAAGAUGCAUUCAUGUCUCACACUGAGCUCCCCUUGAUUAGGUCUUUCCACAAACAGGUGUUUAAUACAGAAAUAAAAAAGAAUGCUGGUAGACAACAGAAAGUGAGUCUGCCAUCCUUGAACAUGAAUGAUCUGCAGUUUGGACAUCAAGCUUUAGAUGUUAGUGUGGAACAUGGUGAGAUGAAGUCGGUUCCAUCCAAAAUUCAUGGUCCAGGACUAUUCAAAACGCUAUUUGGUGGGCCUCUUGAAAGGGAAGAUGUCACAGAAAUACCCAGGUUACCACUUCAGCGGAGCAACAGUCAGACAAGUUUGUCUGGAUCUAUUAGUGAAAGCCCAAGGAGACAAAGGGAAAGGCGAUCAUCAAGAAGUAGGAACACUGUCCAGCUGAAGAAAAAGAAAGAAGACUCCUGCUUUACGGGCAUCACUGUUGCCGAGGGAUUUAAAGUAAUCAGGCUGGGCUUUGGGAAGGAGUUUCAACAGCUUGUAAAGCUUGUGGAUUGGUUGAGCAAAUGGUCAGGAAGACAACCUUCUCAGAGAUUCCAGAAAUUGGACAACCCUGCAGAAGAGUCCAAGGCAGUCAUGCAGGUUAAACUUCCUCAGCAGCUGAUCCUAGUGAGCAUGUGGCUCCUGCAGCAGGUGUAUGCACCUGGUAUCUUGCAAAUUGAAGAAAGACAUGCUCAUAUAUCAUCAAAGGAUACAUCAACUCAUGUCAAAGUGCAAUUUACCUUUGCUGGUAAACGUAGUAAAAAGAAGGAUUCAGCGUUAUCAGGGAGACAUAGGCAUUCUGGAAGGCGAAAGAGAGUCUCUUCGGUCAGUAGACAAGACAAGACAAAACUAACGGGUCAUGAGAAGGCUUCUGUAGAGGAUGAUCACCUUCUAGGGGAAGAAGUUGCACCAGUAGAUAUGUCAAGACCCAUCAGUGUUGGGAGUAUACCUGCAAUAGUUAUCGAGAAGUCAGGUUCUAGUGAAAACCUUGUAGACUCUCUUCCAUUGGGUGCAUCAGUCAAUGCAAAUGACAAUCAUCCUCUGUUGGAGAGAUCCCCAAAUGAAGUUGGAAGCGAAUUCUUGGAUUACACUGAAGCAACCAGUUGCAGAGAGAUCACUCCAAAGGUUAAAGAAACUGGAAAGAAGCGUCGUCAGCUGCCUGUAGUUAGCGAGGAAAAGCGUAGGAAUUCCCCAAAUAUCAGCCAGUUACUCAAAGGAAAGAUGACAAUGUCUAUUACAAAAAAACCUAAAUCAAAAGCCAAAUCUAUUGAUGUAGAGGACAGAAAAUCAUCGAAGAAGCUGACUCAUAAAAAGAGAAGCAGCAGUGACCCUAGAAGGAUGAAUGACGUCACUGAAUAUGAAAUGGCUGACUUCAGUCAUGAGAGGAGGAACAAUGCAAGUAAAUCUGAUGCAUCUGAUGAUGUUUCCCAAACACGUCAAGACCAAAGUUAUCCAGGUUCUGCAGAAACUCCAAUUUUGGGCAAACUGCAGGUUGAUUCCAGGAACAACCUACCUACAUGUAUGGCCAGUGAUGACACUCUGUUCUCUAAUCCGCACCCUGAUCUAUCAGACGGAGUAAAGAUGAGGAGGCCUUCUGUGGAGAUCCUCAGGCGGAGUCCCAGUGGGGGUGGUAUCCUCAGCACCGAAGGCCACUUCUACCAGAGCUCUUCUAGCACCAGUUCGCCAGAUGUAAGUUCUCUUGAAGAUUCUGACGAGGACGAAGGUACCCUUGGUCAUCCCCAUUCGACCGGUGAGACACCCAGAAAGUCCGAGAUGAAGUAAGUAGAACUCUCCUCCAAAAAGCUUCAGCUUCACCACAACCAACACACCCCCCUGGCAUCUUGUUCGAGUCUGCAUGAAUAACCAACCCAAGCUCCAAAAUCCAUAGAGUUCAUGUGCCUAACGAAUGUCGGCAAUCAGCGACACUUGUUGCCACUGCACCACCACACUCCCCAAUCCUUCAUGUGUUCACUGUAUCAUUUUAGUAGUUGAACCAAGCAUGUUUCGUGUAGUUUUCUGUUUAGUUAUGUGUAUGUGAUGGUGGGUGAUUACAGAUUCAAUGUUUCCUGAAAACAGAGUUUAUCUGAUGGGUGACCCUUACCUUACACACUUCUUAACUCAUGAUGAUCAAGAUAAACAUAUUGUACCUUGUAACAAAGUUACUUUCAAUGGCAUGAAAAUGGCUUUGAGAGUAUGGGAUCGAAGAUCUGUGAAUGAAACAAUAUGUACUCAAUAUUCAAUAGAUUUCUCUUAUAAAGAUUGCUGUUGGCUUCAAGUUCUCAUAAAUUGAAUACGGGCAAUUAUGUUGAUUAUGGUUGAAUUUAGAAAGUGGGUGGUCUGUCGAGGUUAUUCUUUAUGGUUUAUAAGGUAUGGAGCAUGGCAUUUUAUAAAGCAUGAAUCAAUCCGCUGCAAUCUACACAUCACUUGGUGUUUAAACAUAUGUUUGACAUUCAUGCAGUCUUUGGCGUUCCCCACCCCUUGAUACUAAUUUCUAUUCCGUAAAUAAUUUGUGACCAGGAGCCAUGAAACCGCAAAAGGGAGCCAGAAAUUAUUUUUUAGGAAUUGAUUGUGAAAGAGGAGAUUCUCCGCUACAAAAAUUAUGAUUUAGCAGUGGAUUAUCCCAACCCAAUUCACAAAGAGGGGAAUGAUCACUGUCAUAGAAUGUGCAGAAUGUACAUGUACCUUUUGAGGAAGAUGGAAUUCAGUGUUGCCAGUCACUUAAAGUAUACCGACUCUCUCACUCUAUUGUUCAAAGGUGAAUGAAUUAAAGAAUCUUCAAAUUUCCCCAAAGAUAGCAUAGUACAGUGGAUAUUGUUUUAAUACUAAAAAAAUAUGACUACUAUAAAAGAAAUACUGUUGUUGAGCUCCUACUGAAAAUCACAUAGAACAAUAUUUGGGUUGUUUUAUCGUGCUGGGUUAAUUGCAUCGAGUUUGAAAAUAAAAGUUUGGUACAAGAGAAUUUCAUCAGGAGAGCAUUUCAAGCAGAGGUGUCUCAGUGAUUUUCUCUGAUAACUGUUAUAAGCUUCUGAAAUCCUUGCAUCUGAUUGGCUGAGAGCAAAUUAGUCAGUGAAAAUCACUGAUAAGACUCUUCUUGAAAGUGUCCCCUGAAAUUUGCAGCAAGUAGAUCCCCGAUUCUUUGUUGGGUCAGAAGAGAAUGUCAUGAAUUCAAAAAGUGGUUUCCAUCAGUGAAGAAUGUAUUUGCUCAUAGUCAUUUAAAAUCAGUCUUAGGGGAAUUAAUUUUCAAAAGUACAUGUAAGUCAAUGAUCAUGUUUGAUAACCUUCAUUUAUAUCAUGAAUUAGAUUAUCUCCCUUGUAAUUUGAAGGUAAAAUAAACCAUCUCCAAAUUUUUUGUUACUAGUCCAUUAAAACAAUGGAUUACCAUCUAUUCAAGUCAUUUAAUUACCUCUAUUCCUUUAUGUAAGCUUUCACAAUUCAUAUUUGAUCAAAAACAUAAUAAGUUAUGGCCCUGUCACAUCGUUCUGUGCAAGCCUGCAUGCGUGUGACUUGCAGGUAACUAUUUUUGCUACCUGCAAAUCGCCUGCAAUGACAGUAUCUCGCACGCAUCUCACACGCAGUUGCCCACAGAAGCGCACACAAGUCUGAUUUGCAUGCAGAAAUGUUUUGAACAUGCUCCAAACUUUGUUACAGGUGAGUUGCGGGCAAUCACUCGCAAGGCUUGCACGGAACGAUGUGACGGGGUCUUUAUGAUUCAUUACAUGUAUAUGUUUGCAGUAAAUCAAUUAGGUUAGCAAGUACUAGUAUACUCACAUUUACAUAAUCAUACUCCCUUUCCAAGGUACAUCAUGUACCAGGGGCGGAUCCAGCUUUUUAUAAAUGGGGGGGGGGGGUUGGGGUGGUAUGCGAGGGAGCGUAGCGACCGAGUCCAAGCGAGCGGAGCGAGCGAGGGGGGAGGGUGUGGGAGGGGGUGUACAGUAGGGAAAAUUUUUGAAAAUCUGUGUGUGAAAAUGGCGUUUUCUUGCAUCUAAAAAAGAUAAGAUUUAAAAAAAUGGUCCCCGGAUUUUUUUUUUUUGGGGGUUGCAACCCCCCCAACCCCCCCUCUAGAUCCGCUUCUGUGUACUGUAUGUGUGUCAGAACUUUCAGAGUAACAUGAAAUCAACCUACAUGUAUCAUGUGGAUGACCAUUUCUCUACCUUCAAGAGAAUAUGGAUACCCAUAUGCAAUUUGCAGGUCCACAUUUUCUAGCUAUGUAGAGAGACAUAUCACUCUCCUUUCACCAUCAAAAUGGACCAAAUUAAGACCUCGAAAUGCCUUUCACAAACCAACAAUUUUGUGCUACAUUGUAUUCAUAUCACUCAUGUCAUGUCAAACAGAAAAUUGAAAUUAUGUGAGAUAUCACUCAUACUUUUGCAGGUUAUAAAAUCUCAUUUUUUUAUGUUGCAGCCCUGUAUUGAGACCAUUAGAUAUACAUGUAAUGAAUGAUAAUAGUAAUAAAAUUUCCAAAAUGCUUUAUAUGAUUUAAAAAAAUUAUAAUUAGA